ACGUGAACGUUUAGCGCGUUCCUGUGGAGCCGGGAGCGCGCAUGCGCAGUGGGCAGCGGGGGUCGAGGCGGAUAUAAGGAUUGGCGCCGGCGCCACAGCUGAUGCAUUCAUUCAUCGAUCCCCGAGGAGCAGAGCCAUAAAGUCACUCGACACAAUGUCCAGACGCAGCGGUCGCAUCACUUUGCAAGCCAGAGACUCGAACACGCUGGAUCCGACCGGCAGAGCGCUGCUGAAGAGAAGGAAAUCAGAGCCCUCAAAGAAGAAGCUGCAACCUGCAGCCAAAAAACAAAGCUUUGAGAUUCAGAAGUGUUGGUCGGAGGACGGAGCGAGUCCGUGCGUCCUCAUCGAGACCCCCCACAAAGAGCUGGAACCAGCAGACCCGUCCAGCUUCAAGCAGUACACCUUCAAGAACCUCUUCAUCCAGCCCUCCCCCAUCCCCCGCCUCAGCUGGGCCAGCUCGGACGACGUGUGGAUCAAAAUGCUCAACAAGGAGCUGAAGUACGUCCACGACAAGAGCUACCUGCAGCGGCACCCCAAGCUGCAGCCCAAGAUGAGGGCCAUCCUGCUGGACUGGCUGCUGGAGGUGUGCGAGGUGUACUCGCUCCACCGGCAGACGGCCUACCUCGCCCAGGACUUCUUCGACCGCUUCAUGCUGACGCAGGAGAACGUCAACAAGGACUACCUGCAGCUCAUCGGCAUCUCCGCGCUCUUUGUGGCCGCCAAGAUAGAGGAGAUCUACCCUCCUAAAAUCACAGACUUCGCCUACGUCACCGACGGCGCCUGUGACAUUUGGGACAUCCAGCGCACGGAGCUUCACAUACUGAAGGCGCUGAACUGGAGCCUCUGUCCCGAGACGCCCAUCAGCUGGCUGAAGCUGUACGCUCAGGUGGAAGCCCAGACGGACCAGGAGAACUUCUUGGUUCCGCAGUUCUCUCAGGAACUGUACAUCCAGAUCACGCAGCUGUUGGACCUGUGCAUGCUGGACAUCAGCUCGUUGGACUUCAGCUACAGCGUUCUGGCUGCAGCCGCCUUCUGCCACUUCUCCUCGUUCGACGUCAUCCACAAAGUCUCAGGGCUGACGUGGGACGGCGUGUCUCCCUGCGUGCGCUGGAUGAGUCCCUUCAUGGACGUGCUGCGAUCUCAAGCUGCGCCGCAACUCAAGAACUUCCCCAAAGUGAGGCCCGACGCGCGCCACAACAUCCAGACGCACGUGGCUUAUCUGGACCUGCUGAGGAAGUCUCAGGAACACCAGCUGGACAGCCUGGACAGUCAGCUGUCGCCUGUCGCCGUGGGAACCGUCCUGACUCCGCCCAAUAGCACAGAGAAGCCGGCCAAUCACUGAUCACGGCCGCCCACCUUGACCUGAGGUGACCUCUCAGCCGAACUUCAUGUAGCAAGUUGUUGUUGUUGUUGUUUUCAGGAACACUAAAUGAGGAGAUGUGAGUCCUGUCCUUUUUUAUUUCUUUUUAAUUGAUUUGGUUUUAAUUUAACUUUUAGAAUACUUCACGGCCUCCAUAUUUAAUGUUGUGGUCGGCAGGUGUAGAGGGAGGAGGCCGACGGGCUCUUGAGCUGCUCUGCGGCGCGUCAGUCGGUUUCUCCAGAAGACGAGUUCAUUCCGCUCUGAACUGAGCAGCUUUAAGUUAAAUGUAAAAUCAUCUCCACUCAAUUUUAAAAUGUGCGUCGUCUCCUUGAAGAAGCUGUGACGCUUCGCUCCGUUUUUUUUGCCUCAUGAGCCGUACGAACAAACGGACACUUUAUCUGUGACCUCCGACCCCUCCGCGGGUCCUUGAACGCAGCGCGACCCGCCCGUGUCUUCACCCGUUCUCCGGCUGCUCGCUCUCGUUACAUUCCUGGGAAACUUGACUUGCUUUGAGAAACGCUGCAUGCGACUAUGCGGCGUGUUUAAGUGCUGGUAUUUAUUAUUAAGCCUUCGUGCGUGUGACUAAAUGUUUAUAUGUACAAACAAAUCUUCGGUUCGAUUGCUGCCAAAUGCAAAAGCUGUGUAUGAUGAUGACGACUGUUCACCCUUAAUGUUGUUCACUUUGUGCCUUUUACAAUAUGAACUGCAGCCAACAAACAUGUUGAGCAAUGUGUGUUUGUAAAUGGAGCAAGAAACGUGUAAUUGUCUUUUAUAUUGGAAUGUUUUAAAUAAAUGAAGUCAAGUGACACUU